AGAUUGAUAAAUAUAAAGUUCUCAGUUUGCCUCCUGUAAAACUCGAAUUCCGGUAAACAUUGGGUCAGCCGAGGAGCCAAACAAUCUGCUGGACUUUGAUCAUGAUUAAAACAAGAUGAUAUCAUAUAAGUUGUUGAAUUAAAUUUUGUGGAAAUACGUACAAAAUAAAUACACAAGUCGCUUGCCCCAUACGAUGACAAAUAUUCAUCGAUCCGAGGUUAUCAGAUUGUAUAAAACGCUGCUCUACAUGGGUCGGGACUACCCACUGGGCUACCCCUACUUCCGGGAUCGAUGUCAUCGCGCAUUUGCAAAAAAUCGGGAGGAACGCGACGCCACAAAAGUCGCUACACUUUUACGCCAUGGCCACUUUGUCGUCGCUGAGAUGGAGGCUCUCUACUUUUUGAAAAAAUACCGAACCAUGAAGCGUCGCUACUACCCAGAGGAACAAGUUGACGCCCAAAUUGACGCAAAGCUAAAAAAUAUCCGAGAUUUGGAGCCCGACGACGGAAAGAAAAAUAAAAAUUUGUGAAGAUAUACAUAUUUCUGUCA